UUGGGGAUUUAACUGUAAAAAGAGAAAGGAAGUUGAUCAACUCUGAAGUUUGAGGAGAGGAAGAAGAAACAUGGAGGAGGAGCUGCGUGGCAUACUAUCGGAACGAGGGCUGUCCGUUUCAAGUUUGCCGGAAAAAGGACGUUGUCUUCUCACCACCAACCAUUUUUCUCCAGGAGAGAUUAUUAUAAGCCAAGAACCUUAUGUUUCUGUGCCGAAUCACUCAAGAUGUGAAGUGUGUUUUGGUUCUGAUAAAUUGAAGAAGUGCGCUGCUUGUCAUUUUGUGUGGUAUUGUGGGAGUAAAUGCCAGAAAGCAGAUUGGACGUUGCAUCGUGUUGAAUGUCAAGCACUCUCAAAGCUUGAGAAGGAGAGGCAAAAAUACCUUACACCCUCUAUACGCUUAAUGGUAAAGCUCUACUUGAGAAGAAAGCUUCAGGAUCAAAAGGUUAUACCAAAUACUGUGACCGACAACUACAACUUGGUGGAGGCAUUAGUAUCUCAUAUGUCUGAGAUUGAUGAGAAGCAGCUGGUUUUAUAUGCACAGAUGGCCAACCUUGUUAGCGUGAUUCUUCAAUGGCCUGACCUGAAACUAAAAGAAGUUACAGAGAACUUUUCCAAGCUUGCUUGCAAUGCACAUAGUAUUUGUGAUUCAGAACUUAGACCUCUGGGUACAGGACUAUAUCCUGUGAUAUCUGUCAUCAACCACAGUUGCUUGCCAAAUGCGGUUUUGAUGUUUGAGGGAAAAACAGCUGUGGUGCGUGCGGUGCAACCUAUACCUAAAGGUAGUGAGGUUCUAAUAAGCUAUAUAGAAACUGCUGGAAGCACCAUGACUCGACAAAAGGCUCUAAAUGAACAGUACUUCUUCAACUGCUCGUGCCCUCGUUGCAUGAAUUUAGGGCAAUGUGAAGAUAUUCAAGAAAGUGCCGUUCUGGAAGGUUAUAGGUGUGAUGCUAAUACAUGCACGGGCUUUUUGCUUCGGGAUCCAGACAACAAGGCAUUCAUAUGCCAACAAUGUGGCCGGUUGAGGAAACUGGAAGAUAUUAAACAGAUUGCAAGUGAAGUGAAAAGCUUUUCUGAAAAGGCAGCAACUGCCCUUAAAUCAGGAAAUUAUGAAGAAGCUGGUUCUUUGUACAAGACAGUUGAAAAGCUACAGUUGAAAUUAUGUCAUCCAUUAUCUCUUAAUCUAAUGAGCACACGAGAGAGUCUCUUAAAGAUAUUCAUGGAGCUGAACAACUGGAAGGACGCACUGGUUUAUUGCAGAAUGACCAUCCCUGUAUAUGAAAAGGCCUACCCUGGUUGUCAUCCUAUGCUUGGAUUGCAGUAUUAUACAUGUGGAAAAUUAGAAUGGUUACUUGAGGAAACUGGGAAUUGUAUUAGAUCAUUAACCAAGGCAUUCGAUAUAUUGCGAGUGACACAUGGGACAAACACGCCAUUUAUGAAGGAGCUGCUUGCCAAGCUGGAGGAAGCCCAUGCUGAAGCCUCUUUUCACACUCAAACCCAUUGAUGAGGACUGAAGAUAUGUAUGCUACAAGGAUCAAUAAUACAUCCCUUGCCUAAUUGCUUCUGAGAGGAUUAGUUUCUGCUUUUCACUUUUCAGCGUUCCUUUGGGGUUUAAGUAUUUAACCCAAUAAAGGAGUUGAAAACUGUACUGAAGUACUUAAAUAUUUAUUUACUGUACUUGAUUACUUGA